AUGUUGAAUUCAAGCUGUCAAAAGAGAAAAUCCCGUUCCUUAGAAUGUAUUUCUCGUAAUUCAUUAUUGAAAAAUGCAAAAUAUCAUCAAUCAUACCAUCUUUCAUUAAUGAAUUUCGAACAGCAAUGUCAUUUUAAUGAUGUUUUGGAAAAUCGAACUAAUGAACAACAAAAACAUGACAGUCACGCUGGUAAUGAGCAAAAACAACAACAAAUUUGUCCACGUCGUCGAUCAAUCAUCAAAACAUCUGAUAUAUCGCGAAGUAUAUCGAAAAAAUCAGUGACCUUUGCAUCACUUACAUCGGUAUUUGAUUUACCAGAAAAUGAAUACGAAAUAGAUCAUUCACCGUGUCACCACAAAACCAUCAUCGGAAAAGAUUUCGUUAUUAUCAUUCGAAAUCGACACCAUAUCAAUGACGAUGCAGUUACGGUUAGUAACGAUUUUCAUCAACGAACUAAUUCUUGA